GAUUUUGUAAAAUUUGGCUUCACAAUGGCAAGCACUACAACUAUUUUGGCAUGGGGAUACUUGAGUUAUAAAGACGCAUACGAGGAAGUUAACGAAUGGGAAAACGCAUUAGGCUCGAUACGCUGGGCCGCAGAGUACUUUAUCAAGUGUCACGUUAGCGACUAUGAGUUCUACGGACAGGUAGGCGACUUCAGUCUGGACCAAGGUUUCUGGGGUCGACCCGAAGACAUGAACAUGUCUAGGCCGUCAUACAAAAUCGACAAAAAUCGACCAGGUUCUGAUUURGCCGGCGAGACGUCCGCCGCUUUGUCUGCAGUAUCGAUAGUGUUCAACAAAAUCGAUUCCAAUUUUUCAGCCAGUUGCUUGAGUCACGCUAAGCAGCUGUACAUGUUUGCCACUCAGUACAGAGGACUGUAUCACGAYGCUAUCAAAGGGGCGGCCCAAUACUACGAAUCGACAGAUUACGGUGACGAAUUGACGUGGGCCGCAGCUUGGCUGUACAAGGCGACAAAGGAAUCACAGUAUUUGGACGACGCCGAAUACAUGUACAUGAAGUACAGACUCAAAGAACGGCCAAACGAAUUUUACUAUAACAAAAAGGUCGCAGGCGUACAGGCCCUUCUAGCCGAACUAACUAAUCAAUCUGAGUACACCGAAGCAAUUCAAAAUUUCUGCAACUAUAAUUUAUACGUUCAGAAGAAAACUCCAAAAGGAUUGCUGUACAUUGAAAAAUCCGGUACACUGUGYCACGCAGCAAACAUUGUGUUCUUGUGCUUGAGGGCUGCAGAUAUUGGUAUAAUGCCAACGCAAUACCGAGAAUUCGCCAAAGAACAGAUACACUACAUAUUGGGAGACGGAGGACAAAGCUACGUUGUAGGAUUCGGUAAAAACUACCCAUUACAACCACAUCACGCAGCGAGUAUCAAAUACCACGAAUUAAGAUUAGAUAUAUCUUAA